AUGACAAUAGACAAAUAUUAUAUAUGUUUGAGAGGAGGAGGAUGUGGUACUACUAAAAUAGAACCAUAACCAAUAUCACUUACGAAACAAACAGGAUUAUAAAAGUCUAAUCUCUUGGAUGAUCUCAGAAAGUAUAGUAAAAUUAUAUCUGAAAAAUCAUCAACUGUCUUUGAUAAGGCUUAAAGUGAUGAAGUGAUGAUAGCUAUUUAGUGGUUUAAUUUUAAUAAAGAAAACUUUGAUCGCCUGUGUCAGAAUGAUAGAUAAGUAGCGUAAGCAUUUGAUAUUGCAUUGAUUUCACUCGAUCAAGUAUUGAGGCAAAUUACAGUUUAUUUAAGAGCCUCCGGAUUCUUGUGUCUCCAAAUUUUGUAAAUUUGUAAUGAUUUGUUCCGAAUCGUAUUUUCAGUUUUACUAAAAAAUUAAGAUAGAUUUAUCGAAGAUUCAUACAAGCAAUAAAUAUUGGAAUAUCUGUCUGAAUUCGAAAACAAUUUGAAAUUGGAAUCUUAAAACAUUUGGAUAACUGGCGCUGAAUUUGAAUUGACCAUCAUGUAAGUAUGUGUUGAAAAUUGCAGAAGCAACUCUCAAAAAGGUUAAGAAAUUUUGAUCAACUUUAUGUCUGGAUUAGUAUCCUCAUUUAUGUCGAUGUCACCAACAGAGGACUUAAUCUACUCAUUAAUUGAAGGGGCAUAAUAUAUAUUUGCUGCAAUACAGAAGAAAAUUGAGAAUAGUAUUUAAUUAUACGAAAUAUAUUACUUUUUUGAAUCCUUAAAAUGGUUGAUCAUUAGACAAUUGAGACAAUCAUAGUUUUCCGUGAAAAGUUAAUUAAAUUAACUGAUGGAUGGGUAUACCACAUAUAUCGCAAAUUCCAAAAAUUGGUUAAUCCACUUUUGUUGGCUGAAACUCAUCACUGAUUUACUUACUUAUCGUCCAAUUGUCAAUAAAUUCGAUUUCUUUAAAACUCAAGACUCUGUCCAAUAACAACUAAAUUGGAAUAAAUUAUUACAUGCAAAAUUACUAACUCUGCUCUCCUAUAACAGGAAUGAAGCAAAAAUUAAUUUGUUUAAUGACUAUUAAUCAGAUGGCAUACUGAAAUAAUUUGAAAGUUAACUCUAACUGGUUGGUUUCAAUAAAAUUAGAUAGUUUUAAAAGUAUUUAUUAGAAGAAAAAGCAUUUUAAAGUUAAACUAUUUGUGAAUCAUAUUGCUAAUUUACUUUUAAUUAAAAUAAUAAUGAUAGACCUAUUCAUACAUUUCUAAGUAAUCUAAAUAUUGACAAAUGUCAAAAUACAUUAACGAUUAUUCAGAAAAUUACAUCAGAUUAUAAUAUAUUAUGCUAAGAUUUAUUGCAGAAUUUUAAUAUUUUAAUUGAAAACUAAGGUUAGACAAAAAAUAGCAUUUAAUUGCAAUAAGAUCAUUGUGCAUCUCUAGUUUCUUAAUUAGAAUCGAAUACCAAAAGCUUGAUAUUUCUUAUUGUGGAAACCUAGUCUCAGCUAUUAACUUUAGCAAACUCUUGCUAAUUAACGAUAUCAAUCUUAGACUUGACAGCAAUACCAGAUGAUCAAAGGAAAGUAAUGACAAGUUAAGUUUAAAUCAUCAAAGAUAGUUUUGGAGAACCCUUUUAUUAACUAAUACGUGAAAUACAAUCAGUUAUGAUAUAUCAAAAUGAAUUAAUGAGUAAUUAUUAAAUUCAUUUCUAAAAUGCUUCUUAUAUUCACAUAAAACCCACAUAGUAAUUCAAUACAACCAAAUUCAACAGUUCAAUCAAUAAAUUUACAGAAUAUUCAUUUAAAAUAAUCAACGAAAUAAAAUUAUUUAAUCACUAAUCCAAUCAAUUAAUUCCUUUUAAAUAACAUUAAUAAAGAGAUGGUUAAAUUACUGAUAAUUAGCUAUUUAAUCUGAUCAAUAAAUUAAUAUCAAGAGACUUUUUGAAUCAUUAUGUAAAGCAAGCGAUCUUGAUUUUUGAAAAGAUCCAAUAGAAUCAAAACGAGAUUUCAUUAGAUGAUUAGAUUAAAGUUAAUUACAAUCUUAUAUAUUUGCUAAAUGGCAUAAUAUCUUAAAUAAGAGUUUACGAAUAUUAAAUUUAUAAAGUUGAAUUAGCAUUUAAAUCUACAUUUAGUAAAGAUCAAGAGGAAAUAAAAGAAGUUAAUUUAUAGUAAUAACAUAAGGAAGUUCUAAUAAGAUAAGGGCAUUAUGUAGAUGAACUGUUUUAAGACUAUAAAAAUGCAUCACAAUUAAAUAAAGAGACACUCAAUUUUUUGAUAAAAUAAAUCAAUGCUGACUUUGAUUCAUUAAAUAAUGCAAUGCCUCUGAAUGAAUUUAAAAAGGAUUAAAUGCGCUUCUUCAUGGACAUCUAAUCUCUCUUACUUUAAAUCUAACUUUAACCUGUAAAUUUAGAUUAGAGUGAAUAGAAGUUAAGACAAUUGUAUUAAGAUCAAAUCAAAUCUGUUGAUAAUAAUCCAUAAUAAACCAAUAAUUAAAAUGAAGACAGUGCUGCAACAUUAUAAUAAUAAAACUUAAAUCAACUCAAAUUUUUGAAAAGUUAUUUAUCAUAAAAGCUAUUUGAUUUUUAAGAGUUUUUGUAAAAUUUAAAUGAAAUAAAUUUAUUGUUAUUGAAUUCUUAAAAAAUAGAUGAUUAGAAUGUGCAAAUUAAUGAGAUGCAAAGAGAAGUUAUGUAAACUUUUAAAGCGAUGCAUUAUAUCAAAUUUAAUAAAGAUUUAGAAGAAAUGAAGAAUUUAGAGGAAACACUAUUUACAACAAAUGAACAAAAAAUUAAAAACGAUAUUAUUUAAGGUGCGAUUGAAGCUAUAUAUAAUUUUGAUGACCAUAUUGAUCAAUCUUUUGAAGUCGAAAUUGAAUUAGAUCCCUUUAUUUGGUAAUCCCAAUAAUAGAUAUAAUAAAUGAGUAAUACAGAUAAGAAUAAUAACUAAAAUGGAUCAUAAGAUUAUAAAAUAAGGGAAUGCUUGGCAUUCAACAUUAUUAAGAUUUAAUAGAUAAUCUAAGAAGAACCCAUCAAUAAAUUUAGUCAAAACAUAAUAUCAUAGUUAUGGAUUCAUGAAAAGGACGAACGUGUAAAAAGAGUUCUUAAAAAUAAAGAAAUGAUAGAAUUAUAAAGGAGAUUGUUUUCUAAAGACAUAACUACAAUAUCUGAAACCUUGAAAUAGACAAUUCAAAGCAAAUUUGACAUUAUAAACAUGACUGAAUAAGAAAUUUAAAUGGAAAUUGAUCCAAAAAAGAAAGGUCAACUUUAAAAAAAAAUGUUGAUCCUUAAUCAAGAAUUAGACGAAUAUGUGGAAGGUGUUAAUGAAAUGUCGUCUAAGAUGGAUCUGAAUUUUGUUUUCCUGAAGGAGAUUUAAAAAUAAUUACAUUUAAUUAAAGAAAAGAUACAGAAUAUUUAAAACUCAAUAAAUUAAUUAAGUGUAGAUCUAAGUAGAUUGAGGGGUAAGAGGUACGACGAAUUACUGGAAAUCAGAAAAUAAAGAGUUUUGUUGGCUAGAGAACAAGAAGAAUUGAAUGAAAUAUACAUUCCAUUGAACACUAUGAUAAUAGAUCCAAUUACAGGACAAGAUAUCAAAGCAUCGGAUUUAUAACAAGAGAUUAAUGACUUUCUUUUGAAUUAAGAUAAAAUGUGUGAUGUAAUGUUAAUAACAGGAAAGGCAGGGUCUGGUAAAAGCAAAGCAUCAGAAAGGAUUGAGGUUGAAUUGUGGAAACUUCACACUAACAAUGAAUAAUGGAUUCCAUUAUUUAUUUCAUUACCAACUAUAAAGCAUCCUUAAUUUAACAUCAUAGAUUAAGGUUUGGAGAAGGAGUAGUAUUAAUUUGAUAAGUUAUAAAUUAAAGAAUUAAAGGAGGCAAUUAAGAAGAAGAAGUUGAAAGUGGUUGUAAUUUUGGAUAGUUAUGAUGAGAUGAGAUCUGAAUACAUAUAAUCUAAUCUAUUUAAUACAAAUAAGUUUAUUGCUGAGUUUGGAUAGGAUGUGAUGGGUUCAAAUUUUAAAGUUGUUAUUACUUCAAGGAGGGAACUAUUAACAGUCAUGGGAUAUUAAACAUGGUUUUGUGGUAGUAGUCUAGAAAAGAUGAAAGAAAUCAUGCUAUUAAGUUUGAAUGAAGAUUAAUGUCAAGAUUACAUUAAAUAAUACUGUUUAUUUUGCAUUAAAAGAUCAAUUAUCAGCAUUUAUGAGAAAUUGAUAUCCUUACAGGGAAAAUAGUUUAUUGUAAAGGAGUUUUUGUAGGUUUGGAAUUCAAUUCAUGAUUUUCUGGUUUAAGAAACGAAUUUUCAGAAUACUCAUUCUAAUCAAUUAUUGGGUAACAAUGAAAUAAAGCAUUUAAUAAGACUGUUGAAAUGUAAAAGUCUAUUUAAAUCUUUAAAUGACAAUCAAGUUUAAUAAUUAUCAUAAACUCUUUUUAAUAUUUGGAGUAUUAAGAAAUAUUUAAAUGUUAUUCAUAAUUCUAAUCUCCAAAUACUCUUCAAUACACCAUUUAUGCUGAAUGUAGUUGUCUAAGUAUUACCAAAUUUAACAAAAUCCAAUAAGGAGAUUUCAACAAUAAAAGAUUAAUUUCUAUAAAAUUUCAUCAAUAUUAAAAAGAAACUGAUUGAAUCAGAACAAACGAUGAUGAGACUCAAAAAUGAUUUGGGUUAAUAAGAAUUUAAUGAUAAAGAUUUAAAGGAUGUUGGAAUGAAGAUUAUAAUGAAUUUAGAUAAUCAAAACUUUUUUAAUUUCUUCUCUGAAUCGAAUACUUUAGAAUUGAUUGAUGAUAAAUCACUAAGGAUAAUGAAUUAAUUAUUUAAUGUUGAAAAUGAUGGCAGAAUUGUUUAUGAAUCUUUAAAAUAGAAGCAAUUUACAUCUUAUCAAUUUUAUGAAUCAUUUAUAAGUUAUUAUCAUGAUUAGCAAAUAGAUAAAUGGAAGAAGAUGGGAAAGGUAUAUAAUUAUGAAACAGUGAAAGUGGACUUAUAGGAAUUUUCAUAAUCCUUAGCAUUGGACAUGACAAAAAAUUAAGUAACAUCAAUUGAAUAUAAAAUUAAAGGAGAACUUAAAAUUAGGAAAGCAUAGCAUUUUUCCUAAUUUUAAGAGGAAUGGCAGGAUCAAUACUUUAAUGACUCAUAUGGAGAGAAGGAAUAUAAAACAUUAAUAAGAAAUUCGAUGUUAAUAGUGUAAAGUGGCAGUAAUUACUCAUUUAGUCACACUUCAAUAUAGGAGUUCUAUGUUGCUAAAUACAUUUACGAUUUUAUAGAAAGAAUAAAAUUAGAUUAAGAAAUUAUGGCUUUGUAGAAACAUCAUAAUUAAGAUUACAUUGAAAAAAUGGAAUAUAGUUUAUAUAACUAACCUUCCUUUAAUAUAACAUUAGAACAUUUUUCAGGAAGUUUAAACAUACUAAAAAGUGAAGUAAUAUCAAUCGAUUAACUAAAAUCGAAAUUAUUGUCAUUAGUGAAGCUAUCUGGAAUAUUUCCAAAACUAGAAAGAGCUUCAUCUAAUUGUAUUUAUUUAUUGAGUUUUCUAUAACUUAAUUUGAAUAAUUAGGACAUCAGCAAUAUUAAUAUUUCUGAUACCAAAUUAUAUGGAUUAUCAUUUUACAAUUGUAAUAUGUAGAAUACCAAGAUGAAUAAUGUGGCCAUAGAUUCAUGUAAUUUUAAUAAAGCAAAUUUAAGUAACGUUGAGUGGAAAAAUAUAAUAUGCAAAGAAAAACCAUUUUUCUAAGGACACAAGGAUUAUAUUAAAUCUAUUACAAUUACAUCAGAUGGAUCAACUUUGAUUUCAGGAGGAGAAGAUAAUUUAAUAAUUUUGUGGAAUGCUAAGACUUGUUAACAAAUUUAAAUUUUAGAGGGACAUACUGAUAUGGUAAGAUAUGUUAGUAUAUCAAAUGAUAACUAAAUCUUGGCAUCAGGUAGCAAUGAUAAAACAAUCAGAUUGUGGUCAAUUAAAACAGGAAAGUAAAUGGAUGUGUUAGAGGGACAUGAAGAGAGUGUAACAUGCGUAAUUUUCUCCUAAGAUUCAAACAUACUGGUGUCAGGGGGAAAUGAUAAUACUGUAAGGAUAUGGAAUAUUAAGUCUAAAUAGAUUUUAGCUGUCUUGGAGGGUCACCAAAAAACAAUAACAUCAUUAUUACUUUAUGAAAAUAGUUAAAAAUUGAUUUCAAGCGGGUAAGACAGCAAAAUAAUCAUGUGGGAUGUAGCGAAGAGAUGUUAAAGUGAAGUAUUGUAAAACGAGAGCGAAGUAUUCUCGAUAUCUUUACAUAAAGACGAGCAGUUAUUAAGUUCGGGUUAUAAGGAUGGAAGAAUAGUGAUGUGGGAUAUUAAAGGAUUGAGAUAAUUGAGUAUAUUGGAAGGACAUGGUAGUAAUGUAAAUAGUUUAAGUUUUACAAGAAGUGGAUAAAUAUUAGCAUCAGGUUCAGAUGAUUAAUCAGUUAGAUUAUGGGAUGUGAAAACAUUCAAACAGAUAGGAUAUCUACAAGGACAUUCCCACUUUGUUACUUCCUUAGUGUUUUCUCCAGAUGGGAUGGUUCUGUACUCUGGAAGUCAAGAUAAAAUGAUUAGAUAAUGGAAUGUUACUGCCACAAAAUAAGAUUAUGUUUUAGAUGGUCAUUUAAAUUAUGUGUCAUCAUUGAGUUUCUCUCCUGAUGGUUAAAUGUUGGCAUCUGGAAGUAGAGAUUGCAGUGUUCAAUUAUGGAAUGUUUAAGAAGGCACUUUGCUUUGCAGACUUGAAGGACACACUGAGAUGGUUUGGUGUGUUAAAUUUUCACCCACUAAGAUGAUAUUGGCCUCUGGUGGAGAUGAUCAAACCAUUCGAAUUUGGGACCCAUAGUUUUAGAAGCAAUUGCAUGUUAUUAAAUCUCAGUGUGAUUCCAUUUAAUCUUUAGCGUUUUCUAAUGAUGGCUCAAUGUUGGCCUCUGGUUCUGGAGGUUUCUCCUACGUUAUUAAGAUUUGGAAUCUAAAAGACUAUUCAUUAACUUAAGUGUUUGAUGUUCAUUCUCACACUGUUAAUUGUUUACUAUUUAUGAAGAAUGGUAACAUCAUAUCAGGAGGUGCAGAUAAUAUGAUAUUUGUUCUAAAUGUCGAAACUGGAUAGAAAGAACUUUCAAUCAAAAUCCAUAGAGGAUCAGUAAAUUCAUUGAAGUUAGUGGAAGAUGUACUAAUAUCAGGUAGUAGUGAUCAUACUAUCAAGACUUAUAACUUAAAGGAAUAGAGAGAGAGUUCUGUAAUUUCAGGGCAUCAAAAUACAAUAACUUCACUUGCAUUAUCUCAUGAUUGCUAAAUGCUCAUAUCAGGCAGCGAUGAUCUAAGCAUUGGAAUUUGGGAUUUGACCACUUAAAAAUAAGUAGCUAGUCUAUCUGCUCCUGAUUAGGUCAAGUGUGUUGAUGUUUGUCCUGUUGGAUAGGUCUUUGCUGCAGGUUGCUUCGAUGGAUCUAUCCAUCUAUUCAAAAUGAUAGAUAAUCAGAAGUUUGAUUGCUAUAAGAUCAUUUCAAGGUGCCCUCUCAUUUAAGCUAAGGAUUGCGUUUUGAAGAAUUCAAAUAUUGUGUCGAGAAGUGAUUCUUUGCAACCACUUUUGAUAUAGAAAGGAGCGAUUAAAAUAUGA